UCGAUCCUUACGGCAGCCCUACUACCAGCACAGGCUAAGACAUACCAUGUCGGGGGUGGCAUGAAGCUACUGAAGCCUGGCACGUGGACGCCUAAGAACUGGAACCCGUGGAGCGUGGGCUUCCUCAAGAGGUGGAAGGUGCCUGAAGAAAUCAAAGUCGGCGACAAACUGGUGUUCAAAUGGACCAGCAAGGCGAACGUGUAUCUGUACAAUGGAGGGGAUGAGGGGGACUACGACGCCUGUGUGAAGAACUCAGAGAGAGGAACCAUGCUCGCCCCCACCUCUCGUUAUGGAAGGUACGCUUAUCAAGCCGAUCAAUCAUGUGUUACCCUCUUCUUUGCAAGCACUGUUGCGUGCAAGAAAGGGUUAAAGUUCAAAACGUCUGUUGCAUGUUAGCAUGCUGGUGCGUGCUAGGGACAUGCUGAUAACGAAUCGCUUCGUUCAGGUCACUAACCAAAGCUGCACAUAACAGAGCCUCUUCUGAUACCGUGCCCUUUCUCCACCUCACCCCUGCCUCCAAACCUCUCCUUGCUACAUAACCAAGCCCUUUUGCCCGCCUAACCUCCAUUCUCUGACGAGAUCCCUAGCUAGAAGUUCUGCUCCUCUUUAUUUUGUGUGAUGUAAUGCACAAUACUACCUUCAUCAAACUGUUACAUCGUAUCUGUCAACUUAUACAUAUAUGCAUAUGUUGCAUUUAUAGGCUAGAAGGGUUCAUGCUCAUAGAGAGUACAACACCCAACCAUAUAUUCCCUUGUAUCUCUCCAUUCUAGUUCAUUCCGCUACUCUGAGAUGGGCGUUCCUUGGAAACGCCUGGCAUCAGUCAGGAGGUUUGUGAGUCCGAAACCCUCAAAAUCAGGAUUUCAGCGGGAAAGACCCGGAAUGUACCAGACAUUCCGGAUGUUUACCCUUGAAUCGAGAGCCCUUACCUGCGCUGACCUAGUAGAGCUGCGCCGCUACCUUGGCCUGCAAAUCUCCAGGAACACAGCAGCGUGCACCAUCACUCUCACACAGUCACACUUGGAGCGCCAGGUCUUUCAGAGGUUUGGUCUUCAUUUCUCCUCUGCACAGCCUACACCUCUGCCAGUAGACCACAGGCUCUCUAAUCUUGU